AUGGCGGACGCCGGCUUGCGCCGCGUGGUUCCCAGCGACCUGUAUCCGCUCGUGCUCGGCUUUUUGCGCGAUAACCAGCUGUCGGAGGUGGCCAGUAAAUUCGCCAAGGCAACAGGCGCUACCCAACAGGACGCCAACGCCUCUUCCCUCUUGGACAUCUACAGCUUCUGGCUCAAGUCCACCAAGGCCCCAAAGCGGAAGUUACAGGUAAACGGACCAGUGACUAAGAAGGCUAAGAAGAAGACUUCAUCCACUGACAGCAGUGAGGACAGCAGUGAGGAGGAAGAAACCCAAGGGCCUCCAGCUAAGAAAGCUGUUGUACCUGCCAAGCGGGCCAGUCUGCCUCAGCAUGGUGGAAAGGCUUCAGCUGAAGCAACAGAGAGCAGCAGCAGUGAAGAAUCCAGUGAUGAGGAGGAGGAGGACAAGAAGAAAAAGCCUGUUCAGAAGGGAGUUAAGCCCCAACCCAAGGCAGUCAAAGCUCCUCCUAAGAAGGCCAAGAGCUCUGAUUCUGAUUCAGACUCAAGCUCAGAAGAUGAGGCACCAAAGAACCAGAAGCCAAAGACAACACCUGUGGCAGCUAAGGCUCAAGCUAAAGCCUCAGCCAAAUCAGCUCGGGUGGCACCUAAAAUAGCCAAUGGCAAAGCAGCCAGCAGUAAGAGCAGCAGCAGCAGCAGCAGCAGCAGUAGUAGUAGUGAUGACUCAGAGGAGGAGGAGGCAGCAGCCAUACCUAAGAAGGUUUGGGCCGUAACUUCUACCAGAGGACUGGGCACGGGGACUGUACCUAAAAAGCAAGUUGUGGUCAAGGCUCCAGUGAAAGCAGCAGCCACCCCUACCCAAAAGAGUUCCAGUAGCGAGGACUCCUCAAGUGAAGAGGAGGAGGAGCAGAAAAAACCCAUUAAGAAAAAACCAGGUCCCUAUAGUUCAGUCCCCCCACCUUCUGCUGCCCUAUCCAAGAAGUCCCUGGGAACCCAGGCUCCCAAGAAAGCUGCAGAGAAGAAGGAGACUGUAGAGAGCAGUGAGGAUAGCAGUGAUGAGUCUGAUUCGAGUUCUGAAGAAGAAAAGAAACCCCCAGCUAAGACAGUCAUCUCUAAAGCAACCAUUAAACCAGCUCCAGCAAAGAAGGCAUCAGAGAGUUCUUCAGACAGCUCAGACUCUGACAGUUCUGAGAAUGAAGCUCCUGCCAAGUCAACUGGUACCACCAAGAAUCUCCCAAGUAAGCCAGCUGCCACUCCCAAGCAACCUGCAGCUAAAUCAGCCACAGCUCCCAAGCAAGGUGCAGGCAAUGUCCAGAAGCCUCUGACCAGAAAGGCUGAUAGCAGCUCCAGUGAGGAGGAGAGCAGUUCUAGUGAAGAGGAGAAGACGAAGAAGACUGUGGCCACCCCCAAGUCAAAGGCAAUGGCCAAAGCAGCUCCAUCUCUGGCUGCCAAACAGUCCUCUCAGGGUGGUAGGGACAGCAGCUCUGAUUCAGACAGCUCUAGCAGUGAGGAAGAGAAGGAAGAGAAGAUAUCAAAAUCCCCAGUUAAAAAGAAGCCACAGAAGACAGCGGGAGUGGUAGUCUUUUCCAAGCCAGCCGCCACAAAGAAAGCAAAGGCUGAGAGUAGCAGCUCUUCCUCUGAUGAUUCCAGUGAGGAGGAGGAGGAGGAGGAGAAGCCUAAGGGCAAAGGCAAUAUAAGACCACAAGCGCUGAAGACCAAUGGGACCUCUGCACUGACUACCCAGAAUGGAAAAGCAGACAAGGACAGCAAUGAGGAAGAAGAAAAGAAAAAGACAACCGCAGUUUCUAAGCCAGGUUCAGGAAAGAAGCGGAAGCAGAAUGAAGCUGCCAAGGAGGCGGAGACUCCUCAAGCCAAGAAGAUAAAGCCCCAGACCCCCAACACGUUUCCAAAAAGGAAGAAAGGAGAAAAAAGGGCAUCAUCACCAUUCCGAAGGAUCAGGGAGGAGGAAAUCGAGGUAGAUGCUCGAGUGGCAGACAACUCCUUUGAUGCCAAGCGGGGUGCAGCUGGAGACUGGGGGGAGCGAGCCAAUCAGGUUCUGAAGUUCACCAAAGGCAAAUCGUUUCGGCAUGAAAAAACCAAGAAGAAGCGUGGCAGCUACCGGGGAGGCUCCAUCUCUGUCCAGGUCAAUUCCAUUAAGUUUGACAGCGAAUGA